AUGGAAGGAAACGGUGUUGUGAGGUAUCGGUGUGGGUUGAUUGUAAACUUGGUAACUUAUUGGAAGGACGAUCAUCCUAGGAGAAGGUUUUGGGGCUGCCCUUUGUAUCCGAGGGAUGAUCGGUGUAGAUUUUUUCGAUGGCAUGACCCGGAUGUGUGUGCCAGAGCAAAGGCAAUUAUCCCUGGAUUGCUCAGAAGAUGCAACACAAAUGAUGAAGAAAUUAGGCAGUUGAAGAAGAAACUAUUUUGGACCCAAAUUGCUGCAAUUGUGUUGGCAGCAAUGGCCUUUUCUUCUGUUAUAUGA